AUGAGGAUAAUCAUAAAGAAUCUGCCGCAGUGCACAACGAAAGAUGAUGUUGAAAGAGCAUUCUCAAAGCAUGGGAGGAUCAGCGACGUGUUCAUGGUGAUGGACAGCAGCAACAAGUGCAAAGGAACAUGCUUCGUUGGAUAUCUCGACGAGAGUGCCGGCAUGGAUGCAAUACGCCACCACGACGGAUCGUUUUUCAACAAGCAGAGAAUACGAUGUGAGGCUGCAAAGGAGGACGAGGUGAGAGAGUGUGAAUCAGACACAAGGAAGAUCAAGUAUUCCAGAAGCAUAUUUGUCAAGAAUGUUCCGGCAGAUGUUGGCGAGGACUUCGUACGCAAAGAGGCCGAGGCGUAUGGUGAAGUAGAACGAGUCACAAUAACCGAAAGAAAAAUAGGACGAAGUGCAUGUGUUGUAUUUUCCAGCGGAUAUUCAGCAGUAGAAGCAUACAGGAAGAUGAGGUUUGUUGGAGGAAUGAAUGCAAAAGUGUCGCCAUGGAGAGAAUCCAAGAGUAAUGGUACGCAAGAGCAUUACAACAUGCUUUUCUUUAGCUUUGAACAAGUAGUCAAGAAAAUCUGCGAAAACGAACGCAUUGGAGUCAGAGAUGUUGUUGAUGUAGAUGACAAGGAUCUUGGAGCAAGGAUGGCACGGAUUGAGACACAUCUGGUCCAGCAGACAAAGGAGUUUCUUGAAAGCAACGGGAUAUUCUUGAAUGCGCUUACUGGAGCCAUAGACAAGAAGACACUGGUUGUCCGCUGUGCUGAGCUGAUGAAGUGCUUGGAAUAUAUAAGCGAGGGAUGUAGGGUUUGUAUUUCGCCAUCGAAAUGCCUAGCGCUUUUGAAGUUUAGCGAGGAGGAUGAUGCACUACGGUGCUAUAGAAAGCUGAGCUUGAGAAGGAUCAAGGAGGCAGUUGUCUACUGUGAAUACGCACCCAUCUGUGGAGUACCCGAGAAGUGUGUAGAUGGAUGCAAAGAUGAGCAGGAAAGCAAUGCAGCAGCAAGUAAAGACACAAGUGAUCUGAGGAGCAAGCAUAAGCUUGGAAACAAGCUGUUAAUAAGGAAUGUUCCGUUCCAAGCAACAAAGGAGGAUAUACGGAAGAUAUUUAGUGAGUUUCAUGUCAAGGAUGUCCGGAUUCCAAUAAAACGAGAGGGAUCGAGUAGAGGAUUCUGCUUUGUAACGAUGGAAACGCCUGAGGAUGUUUCUGGUGCUAUUGAAUAUUUUGGUAGCAGUACGCAUUUGUAUGGGAGACGACUUGUUCUUGAGAGAGCCAAGGUAUAA